GAGCUGCGCCCACUGCUUCACACUCGAGAAAGCCCAACCCAUCUUUGCUGUCUCUCUGCAGCGUCCUCAUCUUCCUCAAAGUUCUGCGUCUGAUAUUUUGCAUAGAUGGCGAAUAAGUUUCUCUUGGUGGCUCUCUGCCUAUUGACUUCAGUAUGCUCCUUGGCUGUUCCUUCUUCCUCCAAUGGCAUAGUGAGAAUCUAUCUGAAGAAACAACGUUUUGAUCUCAACAGUAUAAAAACGGCUAGAAUAAUUGGGAAAGAGAGAAAACUCGCCAAGAAAUCGCUUAAUGUGGGUGCUUCAGCAACAGAUAAUGCCUCAUUGAAGAACCUUUUUGAUGCCCGGUAUUAUGGAGAGAUUGGAAUUGGCUCACCACCACAGAAGUUCAGUGUCAUCUUUGACACAGGCAGUUCCAAUCUUUGGGUUCCAUCGUCACACUGUUAUUUUUCUAUGGCCUGCUAUGGCCAUGCUAGGUACAACACUUGCCAGUCCAGUACAUUUGCGAAGAUCGGUAAACCUUCCAAUAUAAAUUAUGGUUUUGGAUCAAUUUCGGGCUUUCUCAGCAAAGAUAAUGUGCAAGUUGGAGAUCUUGUUGUCAAAGAUCAAGUACUCAUUGGGGCUACACGGCAAGGUGUUGCUUUCGUACUAUCAAACUUUGAUGGGAUACUUGGACUUGGGUUUCAGGAAAUUUCUGCAGAGAAUGCUGUGCCAGUUUGGGAUAACAUGGUGCAACAAGGUCUAAUAAGCCAGAAGAUCUUUUCUUUCUGGUUCAAUCGGGAUCCAGAGAAAAGUGAGGGAGGUGAGAUCAUCUUUGGUGGUGUUGAUCCCAAACACUUCAAGGGUGAGCAUACUUAUGUUCCGGUUACUCAAAAAGGUUACUGGCAGAUUGGAUUUGGAGAUUUUCUUAUCGCAAACCAUUCUACAGGUUUCUGUGAGGGUGGCUGUAAUGCUAUAAUGGAUUCAGGCACAUCCUUCAUUGCUGGACCGACGGCCAUCAUCACUGAAAUCAACCGUGCCAUUGGAGUAAAAGGAUUGAAGAAUGUGGACUGUAAAAGAGUUGUUUCUCAGUAUGGGGAUCUGAUGUGGGAUCUCUUGAUAUCAGGGGUACAGCCAGGCAAAUUGUGUUCAAAUAUUGGACUUUGUUUAAAUGGGACUCAGCCUAUGAGCAAGAUUAUUGAAACAAAGGUGGAAGCGAAGAGUGGGAAGGAAUUGAAAGUUGGUGAUGAUCUCCUUUGUACUGCCUGUGAGAUGACUGCUAUAUUUAUCCAUAGUCAGCUUAAACAAAACAAGACAAAAACAAAAGUAUUCGAAUAUGUGAACAAGCUGUGUGACAACUUGCAGAAUCCAAUGGCAGAAUCAGCUGUCAAAUGUGAUAAUAUUGUAAACAUGCCAUCCAUUUCAUUCAUCAUUGGGAAUAGAUCCUUCCAUCUCACACCUGAGCAGUAUGUCCUUAAGGUUGAACAAGGGUUUUCUACCUUCUGCAUCAGUGGCUUUAUUCCUUUAGAUGUUCCUCCUCCAAAAGGUCCCCUCUGGAUUCUUGGAGAAAUCUUCAUGGAAGCUUAUCACACAGUGUUUGACUUUGGUAAGCUCCAAGUAGGAUUUGCAGAGGCUGCUUAGUGAUUCUCCAAUGAAUAAGACAGUGCUAUUAGCUAGAUGGAGGUAUGGUAGGUUGUGAAUGAAUGAUGGAUGUCUAAUAAUGACUGAUAGAUGUCUAUGAUACUUUAUGGUCAAAUACUUUUGGUCAUGUGGUUCAUGUAUUUAUAAAUACUGAUUUGUGGAGAUCGAAUUCUUGCUUAAUAUGUUUGCUUUUAGAUGA